AUGGCCAAGUCCGACCCGGAGUUGGUGAAGCUGCUCAAGGAGUCGGGCCUCGACGACAAGCUUGUUGACUACGUCGCUGCCAGGGACAUACGGAGCAGAGACAUCUUUGCUUCAAUCGCAACCUCCGUGCAGGAAGUCGAUGCAGUUUUGAUGGAGCCUCUGGUCGCGGGGUUCAAGAUGCCACAGGGUGAGUCGUUGAAGCUUGAUGCGCUUCAGUUGCCAAUCGUCCGGGCCAAAUUCCGCUAUGUUUGGCGGAAGUGUUCAGAAGCAACGUGCGUGCCAAGCACUCCUGCGGCAGCUGCUUUGCCGCUUUCUGCUCCAGCAAGCAAGUCCACUAAAGAAUUGCAGCCAGGCUACUGGCAGACACAGGUCGCAAAGUACGAGGCGAUCAAGAUUGGGGGCGAGUUCCGCAGGUUCCCCCAAGAGUACUUAUUGGGAACGGAGCCCGUCCUUGCGCGCAUUGUCAAUGAGAUGAAAUCGCUGUCGCACACAUCGGUGGCAUUGCAUGAACUGGUUCAGAACCGAUUCUUCAGCAGAGGCGGCGAGCCAAACCCGCUCUGUCCAGCGAAGAAGCGGGCCAAGACUUCAACCGCUGUCCUGACGAUCAACCAGGACAAUCAACUGGAGACAGCUCCCGACGCGCAGUGGAGCCCGAAGUCUGUGAUAUCAUUCCUGGAUUGCCUGGAGGCGAUUCGCUUUGCGUUCAUACUGGUAGAGAUUGGGCCGGAACCAGCGGUCUGCCGGUACAUUGACUGGUGGGAGAAACAGGUUCGGGCGAGGCAACAUCGUUUGGAGCAGUUGAAAAUCUUCUGGGACAUCGCUGCUUGGCGCAUUGCAAUGGCAUUGCGGAGCAAGAUCGACUUCGCAACCGUGACGUUCGAGAUGAUCAACGACAAUCAGGCGCUCCAGGACGCAUUGAACCGCGAGGUUGCGACGGAGAACUACGAGCGGCGCUGGAGUGAUCGCCGUUGGGAUGACUCCCGCUACGUGCCCUACAAAUCUCAGUGGGAGCACAACUAUGCCGAUCGUCAGCAUGACAAGUACCAGCGUGCCAGCGGAGCUCAUGCCGACCAGCAGCAAGCAAGGGGGACAGAGACAGCACUCCUCUACGGCUCGUCUCAGCAGAGCAAGUUGCGAGGCGCAGAAAUCAACAAGAAGCAUGUGCACCGGAAGUGGCAAUGGCAAGCAGUGCUUUGGGAAUCCAACCCAGAGCUGCGCAAGCUCGCUUCCGCCAAAUUCCCCAGCGCAGUGGUCAAAGAAGACGUCGACAAAGAGACGCCCGACAGCAUCAUCGCUUUUCUCGAGCAGAUCGACCCUGGUGCCCAAGCGCUUGUGAUCAUUGCAGCAGGGCCGCCUUGUCCUGACUAUAGUCGAGUUCGCGAAAAUGCACCUGGCACAUCUGGUCCUGAAGGUUCAAAGUUUGUGCGCUUCGCAGAGCUGAUAAAGUCUUUAGAGAAGAAGUGGCGGUAUGCGCAGUGUGUCUUGCUCGUUGAAAACGUGGUGCCAGCUAACAAAGAAGAUGUGCGAAGGUUGGGGCGUGCGCUGUCAGCGCAGGCUGUCAUGCACGAUGCGGGCGACUUUGGUUUGGUCACCAGGCCGAGAUUGUGGUGGACUCGGAUCCCAUGGCAGGAACUAUCUCACCGCAAUGAUUGCCCUUUCACAAUGAGGUGGUCCACGUACCAGGGUCUUCCACGUGUGCACUUCAACGUUCCGCUCGACAGACCAGACGACCUUGACAUUGGAGACCUCCGGUGGCCGCAGUGCGUCAUGGACGACAAGAAGCCGUUGCCUUGCCUGACUACACCGUCCGAGGACCCGAAAGGACGCCCAGCGCCUCGGUCUUGCAAGGGGAGGACGUCCUCCGAUGCGCAACAACGAUGGCUGCAGGACGGGCGCCAGUAUGCCCCCUGGCACUACGAUGCCGCCAACAUGUUCCGGAGUCCCGACAAGUUCAUGCUUGCCCCAGCUGUGGUCAAAGAACAACUUCAUCAGGUACCUCGAGGUUGGACCGCCAGCUUGCAAGGAGCGGAACGACAUCGAGCAUUGGCCAACGGAUGGAACCUUGGAGCAGCGAGAUUGUUCCUCGUGCUAGGGAUCCUUACCGCGAUGCCCCCGCCUGUGCCAGCGAAAGAGUUGAGUCCAUUGGGUGGAAAUGCUGUCGAUGCCAUGGCAAAGCUGUGGGAGACAAAGUCGUUACUGAACGGACCAGGCGUGCCAUUGUCAGAUGAUGCAAUGGACCUCUCAGCCAUUCUCGAUCCGGAGGAGCAUUGGAGUGCGGCGCAUAGUGUUCUCCAUCAGAAUCAGUCGUCCCCGCAACUAGAACCCGGCCUUCUGCAAUGGUUGCCUCUGUGGAAACACUGGAGGAAGUUUGUCUCCGAGAUGCGAUAUGCCGUGGCCGCCGAAGUCGAGCAGCUUGUCGCCGACCUCGAUGACGAGAUUCAGCAGUGGUACUUCAGUCUCAAGCCGCACGUGAAGAAAGCCUACGCUGCCAAAGACGACACGUGUUCUGUGAAAGUUCCGGUUGUUAAGAAGUUGGCAUCCGUCUUCGGAUGGCAGGACAUGGAGAUCUUUGACGAGCUGACGGAAGGCUUUCCUCUCCUUGGAGAUCUGCGACCUGGUUUAGGGUGGCGUCUUCGCAGCGACUCCCGAUACAGUGAGCCGCUUCCCAUGUGCGACUUCUUGAAGGAGAACCUAGCCGUCGUACAGCAUAAACUGCGGCAGCAACGAGUAGACCCGGCUUGGAAGGUCAUGGCAGCCGAGAUUGCUGCCGACGGGCGCAUGGAAGGCCCUUUCGAAGCGCCGUCGUGUUGGGGGAAGUCCAUGGUCGGAUCAGAUGGAAAGCCCAAAGUCAGGCGUGCUGAGGAUUGGAAGAGAUCUCUGGCAAAUUCCACUGUCGGUGUAGAGGACAGCCCAGCGUACCACGACAAGCUCUGCCGCGCACUGGGCCUGAAGUUCAAAGAGUGCAAAGCACAGGCUCCCGCGUCGAAGCACGUCAUUCAGGGUGUGCAAAUUUGCCUCAACGAAGAUGAGGCUGUGCUUUCGUGUACGCAAGCUCGGAAAGACAGAAUGGAGUCGAGCUUGGUGCAACUCGUGCUCGACAACCGCUUAAAGCCGUCCGAAGCGUCAACCUUGGCGGGAAAACUGCACUUCUUGGCCUCGUCCUUGUUCGGCAAGUCCAGUGCAGCUGCAAUUCGACCGUUCCACCAGCGAGCUCAGACAAGGGCAAGUGCAGAUUAUAAGCAAGGGUGGACUCUGAACCAAGCCUUGUGCGAUGCAAUUGCUUUCCUGCGGUAUAGCUUCGCGAAGAACGUGCCACGUGUCAUUAAGUUCUUUGUGCAGGGCAGGUCCGUCAUCUAUGCCGACGCGUUCUUCCAGCUCGGGGAUGAGCGCUUCAGCUUCCGCAACAUGGAUGAUGCGCCGGAUUGGGGCCGGACGCCGCCUGCAGCAUUUGCCAAUGGUUGGGGGUUCGUGGCGACUUCAGGGUCGCAGACUUGGUACGCAAUGGGUACUGUGCCGUUUUGGUUUGCACGUCACUUUUGUUCGCGAAGAGCAUAUAUCUACAUGCUGGAGAUCAUUGCACAAGUCCUGCCGCUCUAUGCACUCACCAGUCAGCUCCAUCGUGAUGUCAUCCUCUUCGUCGAUAACGAGCCUGCUCGCCAUGCGCUAGUUAAAGGCUACAGCAGAGACAGCAACGCCAACAAGCUUUUGCAGACUGCCUGGUGCUGCUUCGAGGCCAAUCGAUAUCAGCCGCAGUGGCAGCGAGUAGCUAGCUCGGCCAACAUUAGUGAUGCAGUCAGUCGCCAAGAUGAUUCGUUUGCCAAGAGUUCGGGAUGGACCCUCUUCAAGGCAGACUGGGACACCGUCUUCGACGAGCUGCUGCGACGUUGCAUGGAUGGACCUCUGAGGGGCUCUGACAGGGCUUAG